CUUGACAUGGCCUCAAUUCGUCAAUGGAAUCGGGGGUUUUUUUCUUUAAAUUUUUCCAGUAAAAUUCUGACCAACUGAUGGACCGGACGGUGAACAAGGUUGAACACCGCGGAGCAAAGUUGGAUGAAAAUAACCGACUCAGCCCGGAGCCACAAUGACCGUGAUUCACCAUGGAUCAGUGUUGAUUGAAAUUGGAUCAACAAUUGCGCAUUGUCUUUAAGGGCUCACAAGAUCAUGGUGUUCCACUUUUCUCCUCUUUUCAUUCCACGAUGUCCUCGCUAAAAAUCUCAUCUCUCUUUCAAGUGAAGGGAAAGGUCGUUCUCAUCACAGGUGGCAGCCGGGGGAUUGGUAAAAUGAUCGCUGCUGGCUUUGUUCGAAAUGGAGCCAAGGUAUAUAUCAGCUCACGCUCGGCAAAGGACUGUGAAGCAACUGCGACUGAACUCAACGAACUUGGACCGGGGGUUUGCAUCCCCCUCCCAGCGGAUUUGCAAAAGUACGAGGAGGUGGAACGGUUGGCUAAACAGCUAUCCUCCAAGGAGCAGAUUCUAGACGUGCUCGUCAACAACGCCGGAGCAGUCUGGGGCGCCCCAGUAGACGAAUUUCCGGACAGCGGCUUUACAAAAGUCAUGACACUCAAUGUACAGCGGGUGUUCUCGGUCAUCCAGAAGGUCCUUCCCCUUCUGAGAGCAGCGGCUGACCGAACCAAGAAAGGUUCGACAUACAAGGAUCCCGCCCGUAUUAUCAACAUCGGCUCCGUCGAGGGCCUGUGGGUGGCACCACACGACACGUUCUCGUACUCAGCAUCGAAAGCCGCACUUCAUCACCUCAGCCGCCAUCUCGCCGCAAAACUCGGGCCAGAUGGAGUGGUGUCAAAUACAAUCGCAUGUGGACUCUUCCCGACCAAAUUGACUGACUACAUUAUGAAGACGAACGGAGAUUGGUUAGUCGAUUCGGUACCAUUGCGGCGUUCUGGUGAGCCACAGGAUGUCGCAGGGACAGCACUGUUUCUUUCAAGUUCUGCGGGUGCGUAUAUCAACGGUGCAACCAUAACAUUAGACGGUGGUCUUCUCGUAUCAAGGCUGUAA